AUGAAGCGGACGCGGGCGCUGAUGGCGGCGCGAGACGACGACACGGGCGUCGUGGGCGUCGCGGAGAUGUACUGCGGGAUUGGAGUGAUGUCGCUGGCGAUGCGAUGGGUGCGACGGGUGCGAGCGCGGACGGUGGUGGCGUAUGAUUUGAAUCCGAACGCGUGCGACGCGUACGCGCGGAAUCACGGGACGCGGCCGUUGGCGAAAAAUUUGGCGGGCGUGUCGAUGGAGGCGCUGGGCAAGAUCGGGGCGGAGGCGUGGUUGAUGUCGCCCCCGUGUCAACCGUUCACGAGGCAGGGGAAGCGGUUGGACGUGGAGGAUGGGCGGGCGGAUAGCUUUGCGCGGUUGGUGGAGGAGACGACGAAGCUAUCCGUGGAAAAGAGGCCGAGGUACGUCUUCGUGGAGAACGUCGUGGGAUUCGAGACGAGUAAGAUGCGGGAGCUGUUGAUUGAGAAGUUGCGAGAAAUGGAGUUUCACGUGCAGGAGUUCAUUCUGACGCCGACGAUGUUCGGGGUGCCGUACAGCAGACCGCGGUACUUUCUGUGCGCGAGGACGACACACGCGUUUCGAGAUGCCGUGGACAACAUACGGCGAGCGCCGCCGCCGUGCGAGCUAUCGCACAAGAGACACUGGAUUCCGAAAUACGACGAGACGAUGGACGCGGACGUCGACGUCGCACCGCUCUCGAGGUUUCUCGAUUCAGAAAACUCGGACAUUUGGCGUGAGAACGCGCUCAGGCAAGACGACAUUGAUCGAGCCAAGGGGUGCAUCGACAUAGUCAGCUCGAGCGAUACUACGUGUAACUGCUUUACGAAGAGUUACUUCAAGUACGUCAAAGGCACUGGAUCGGUCGUCGCCAAUCGUCUUGUGGAUAAGUCGACGUGGGACGGGCGCACCGGAGAAGGCGAAGACGACGUCCGUUUGCGAUACUUCACGGUGGACGAGGUGAUGCGCUUGCACUCGAUUCCCAGUGAUUUCGAAUGGCCGGAAGAAUUGUCCAAGCGCCAGCGGUAUACGCUACUUGGGAACUCGAUGUCAGUCGCAUGCGUCGCGCCGCUCCUCGAGUACUUGUUCGACGACGACGCUUCAGUGUAA